AUGGGACAAGUCACAGGCCCAAUGGCCGCGCCCGCUGCAUCGGCACCCGCCUCGGUGGGCACGGCGGCCACGGCCGCAGCGGGCUUUCUGAUUCAAGUGCCACCAGGAGUGGUGCCUGGGCAAACGCUCACGGUGAAGAGUCCGGAUGGUACCAGCUUUCAGAUCACGGUUCCUGAGGGCUGUGCUGCGGGAUCAACUUUGCAGGUCAGCACACCCAGCCCGGCGAACCCGAGCUCCGCAGCGACCGCUUGCCCAGUGAGUGCUCCCCAGGUGGGCGGAAGCAGCUCGGGUGGGAAGAUCUUCCUCAGCAUCUCAGUGCCUCCCAAUAUCUCGGCAGGGCAAAAGAUCGCCGUGAAGGUGCCUGAUGGUCGCGAGCUCACGCUCAUGGUGCCAGCAAAUCUGCAGCACCGCGAGGACUUGCAGCUGGAGUUCGAUGUGGCCGCUGGGCAGCUGAAGCCGGUGGCAUUACCAGAGGCCUCGGAGGCGACGAGCAGUGAAGAGGUCUUCCAGAUCCAAGUGCCCUGUGGCGUCCACAGUGGGCAGAUGGUGAACAUCCAGGUGCCGGAUGGACGACAGCUGCCCCUCAUCAUACCACCAGGAAAACAACCAGGAGACGACCUGUUGCUUUGCUUGGAUGCAACAAGAAGUCGACUCCUCUUGGCCAAAAGCUGA